CAUUCGAUUGUCAUUCAUCGAUCUUCGUUCUUGACAAACUGUCAUACGUAAAUUGUCAAAUUUUCGACCGAAAACAAGCAUUGAUUUUAGCGUUUAUAAAAUUUAUCCACGCAUUUCUAUUGAAUAGUUAAUAAUUAUUAUAAUUAAACAAUGUCUAUUGAAAUUGAAUCAGCAGACGUGAUCCGGUUGAUCCAGCAGUAUUUGAAGGAGUCGAAUUUGACCAAGACCCUGCAGACAUUGCAGGAGGAGACAGGAGUAUCGCUCAACACAGUGGACAGUGUAGAUGGGUUCUGUGCUGACAUCAACAAUGGCCACUGGGAUACAGUGCUGAAGGCCACAGCGUCUCUCAAGCUGCCCGACAAGAAACUGAUGGAUCUGUAUGAGCAAGUGGUGUUGGAGCUGAUAGAGCUGCGAGAGCUGGGUGCUGCUCGGUCUCUUCUGCGUCAGACACACCCCUGUCUACUCAUGAAGCAGCAGGAGACUGACCGCUAUAUACAUCUUGAAAAUCUCCUGACGCGGUCGUAUUUCGAUCCUCGCGAGGCAUACGGCAGUGGAGGCGGUAAGGAGCGUCGGCGAGCCGCUAUCGCCGCCGCGCUCGCUGGCGAGGUGUCAGUGGUGCCUUCCUCGCGUCUUCUGGCGCUCCUCGGCCAGGCUUUGAAGUGGCAGCAGCAUCAGGGACUGUUACCACCUGGUACCACUAUUGACUUGUUCAGAGGUAAGGCCGCCAUUAGAGAUGAGGAGGAUGAUCGCUGUCCAACACAACUCUCCAAAAUGAUCAAGUUUGGACAAAAAUCGCAUGUGGAAUGUGCUCGGUUUUCACCGGAUGGUCAGUAUCUGGUAACGGGUUCAGUGGACGGCGUGGUCGAGGUGUGGAACUUCACCACAGGCAAGAUCCGUAAGGAUCUUCGGUACCAGGCGCACGACGAGUACAUGUGUAUGGAGGAGGCCGUGCUCAGUCUCGCCUUCGCGCGUGACAGUGACACGCUCGCUGCCGGCUCUAACGACGGAAAGAUUAAGGUAUGGAAAGUGUCGACGGGCAAGGUGCAGCGCAAGCUGGAGCGCGCACACUCGAAGGGCGUCACGUGUCUGCAGUUCACGCGCGACAAUACGCAGAUACUGUCCGCUUCCUUCGACCGCACUAUAAGGAUCCAUGGUCUAAAGUCAGGCAAGAUGCUGAAAGAGUUCCGCGGACACACGUCGUUCGUGAACGAGGCGGUGUUCACUCCGGACGGUCACUCGGUGCUGAGCGGCUCCUCUGACGGCACUGUGAAGGUGUGGAACGUACGCACUGGCGAGUGCUCCGCCACACUGAAGCCUCUCGGAGGGGGCGAGCCUCCUGUCAACUCUCUGCUCCUCACGCCGAAAAAUCCUGAUCAUUUCGUGGUGUGCAACCGAACUAACACUGUAGUGAUCAUGAACAUGCAGGGUCAGAUCGUGCGUUCGUUCUCGAGCGGGCGGCGCGAGCAGGAGGGCGGCGCGCUGGUGUGCGCGGCGCUGAGCGCGCGCGGGCGGCUCGUGUACUGCGCCGGCGAGGACCUCGUGCUCUACGCCUUCUGCACCACCACCGGCAAGCUCGAGAGGACCAUCAAUAUUCAUGAAAAAGCGGUAAUAGGUCUUACACACCAUCCGCAUCAAAAUUUACUGGCCACGUAUAGUGAGGAUGGGCUUCUGAAGUUGUGGAAGCCUUGAGGAUGGCUCAUCGGGCUGAUGCGAUGGACGUUUGACAUUGUAAAUAUAGUUAUAAUGUGCGUACAGUGCGAUAUUCAACACAAAAAACUUGUUUAUGGACGAAUGUUUUUGUAACAAACUUAGUCGUGUACCAUGUGUAUUGUGUAUACUAGGCAAUAUGUUACUCAAUAUAGUAAUGCAGUUAGAUUCCUUGUCGAUUUAUUUUAGAUGACGAUGAUAUCUGUGUGUGGGGUAGUUAUCUUUAAGACAUUAGAUUUUUCUAUUAUUGUUAUCGACAUGUUAUGUGUCCAUUAAUCUUAUUUUUUAUGAAUAAGUAAGAAGCUUUUCAAAUCUGGAGGAAGCGGUUUUCGUAAAAGUAUAGAAAUUGUACGUGACGUCAUCAUUAGGAAGAGCGGGCGUGCGAGGGAGAUAGCGAGAUGUUUAUAAUACGCGUCCGCUUUAUAUCGACUUUUAUAAUAUUAAUUAUUGUUUCAAUUAUGAACUUAUUGUGAUGUUGUUCUCACUGAAUGUUUUAUUUUUCGUAGCAUUUUCGAUUUCCCAUAAAAAGUUACAAUGUUAUAUAAAAUUACAACUACUAAACUGUUGCCUAGUGAACACAUGGCUAAAGCUACUAGUAAGAGAAAAAGAAAUAUAAAUAAUUCAGUGCGAGUACUCGAGGCAUCUUCGGGACCACUUGUUUUGAGGACUGUACAGUUGUUACAAUAUGAAUAUGUACUAGAAAUUACUUUUGUAAGAACAUUGUUUUAAUGCAAUUAAAGUGUGAAGAAAU